AAUCUGCGGUCAGAAGGAUCAACGGAGACCUGGCCAUGUCCCACUUCAUAAACCGGGGCUGCCGAUCGCGUUGUCGUACCAGUCUCCACGUGUGACUGUGGGCUUCCGACCAAACGCAUCGCACAUGCAAACUUCCACGUUUCGUACUCCCGAUAAAAACAACACACUGAAAUCACAACGGUGGAUACGGACUUCCAGUACUCCCAUAUUCAAGCACAGGCGGUGGAUGGCGGUUGCCUUUACCGAGUAGCAACCGAGAACUAGCUAUCGGCCACCGCGGCCUGGCACUUGAUUACACUGAACUCCAGCAAACCCAAACAAGAUUCCGGUGCCAUCCACAAGAAACCAUGGAUUCGGUUCCUACCGCUGUUUUUGUGUUCGCACCCUUAUCGGCAGUCAUCCUGCACGAGUUCAUUUUGCGACGAGUGGAAGUCGACCAUUUGACCCUUCAGAUCCUUGGACUAGCGAUUACCGCAUACUGGGUUCUAUCAUAUUACACUGGACUCACCGCCGCGACACUAGUAACGAGUUUCUUCUGGGUUCCACUAUGGCUAUACAUCGGAGCGUACCGUGGCUUCUUUCACCCACUCAACGACUACCCGGGGCCCUGGGCUGCGAAACUAUCAAGAUGGUGGGCCGUCAAGCAGACAUAUGAUAGCAGCUUGCAUUACCAUAGAGUCCUUCAGCGAUUGCAAGGCCAAUACGGCGAUUAUGUUAGGACGGGACCACGUGAGCUCACGAUCUUCGAUGUAGCUGCGAUACAACCAAUCCUCGGAGCCCAAUCACAGACUUCAAAAGGACCGUUCUUUGACGUCAUGGAAAAGUCUUUGCACCUCAAUCGCGACAAGGCGUUCCACCGCCAGCGCCGCAAGAUCUGGGACAAUGCGAUGAAGGCAUCGCUUUCCGACUACGCGCCUCAAGUCGAAAACUUCACAGACCAGCUACUUACACGGUUGCGGAACGAGGAAGGAAGGUCAGUUCCGCUGCUUGUGUAUGCAAGCUACUAUAGCUACGACGUCAUGGCAGCGCUGGCCUUCGGCAAGCCCAUGGGCUUCAUCAAAGGCGAACAAAGCGACGUCGCUGCGAGCAUUCUUGCUACUAUGAUGGGCAGCGUUCAGGCUUUGGGAUACAUGUAUCUGAUGCCAUGGCUAAUGAACGCGAUCGGUGUUCUUACCUCGUUCAACGGACCCAUGAAAGAAUGGCGAGACUGGAGCGUCAGCCAAAUGAAAGCACGCAUGCAGGUCAGAGACGCCAAACCGGACCUGAUCUCUCAUCUCAUCACCUCCACGCCCAAAACACCAGAAGGCCGCGAACUUCUCUACGGCGAAUCGCGCCUCAUCAUCUCCGCUGGCAGCGAAACAACGUCCACCGCUCUGACUUUCCUCUUCAUGCAUCUCGCCACACACCCACACUACAUGGCCGCCGUCCGCGCCGAGUUCCUCUCCAAUAUGAGCACCUACGACUGCCAGCGACCCAUGCCAAUGCUAGAAGCUUGUAUCCAAGAGUCGAUGCGCAUGUGGCCUUCCGUCUUCUUCGGCUCCCAACGCAUCACGCCGCCACAAGGUAUGGAGAUAAACGGGCGCUUCAUCCCAGGAAACAUGAUAGUACAUAUCCCUAUCUUCCCGCUGUUCCGCGACGCGAGGAACUUUGUGGCUCCUGAUCAGUUCAUACCUGAGCGCUGGACUACCAAGCCGGAGUUGGUACUCAACAGGCAGGCGUUCAUUCCAUUCUCGACGGGGUCACAUAGCUGUGCGGGCAAAGCACUGUCGUUGAUGGAGUUAAGAAGUGUGAUUGGGAGGGUCGUGGCCGAGUUUGAUGUUAUGCUUGACGAGGGGACGGAUGUGAACGCUUACUGGGAAGGCAUUCUAGAUCACUUUACUGCUGGUGCGCCGCCGAUGAUGGUCAGGUUUGUGAAGGCACAGUAAGCACGUUUGGGAUACGGUAUAGAUGGCAUUGACGACUCAACGAUCUCUUACAUUUAUAGGAAUUGUAUCUGAACAUAGCGUGGAAUAUCAUCCGGAAGGC